UACAGCAUCCUUGUGUUUGCUCGUCCUCUCAACAAGGCAAGAUGAUGAAGGUUCAGGUCACCUCCAGAGAAAUCAUCAAACCAGCAUCUCCAACUCCCCAUCACCUAAGCAGGUUCAAGCUCACCUUACUGGACCAGUUACAACCUCCAGCAUAUACACCUAUACUACUGUUCUACACCAGCAAAGAAGGCUAUAACAUUGAAACUGUUGAAAAAACUCAACAGCUAAAGAAAUCUCUAUCGAAGACCUUGACCCGCUAUUAUCCAUUUGCUGGGAGGAUUAAAGAAGACAGUUCUAUAGUUGAAUGUAACGAUGAGGGUAUCGAAUUUUCUGAGGCCCGAGUUGAUGGUCAGCUAUCGGAGUUCCUCGAACAACCCUAUGUUGAAGUACUGAAUCAAAUGGUUCCAUGCAAUUACCUCUUCCCUAAGUCCGGCAGGGACGUCCUCCUAGCUGUCCAAGUCAACUUAUUCAACUGUGGUGGAAUGGCCAUUGGUGUGUGCAUUUUUCACAAGGUUGCCGAUGGGAUUGCGAUGGCCACGUUCAUCAAUGGGUGGGCCAGCCAAUCGCAUGGCAAUAGUGACACCACAGGUCCUGACAUCCAGUCUUCUACAUUUUUCCCGACUGAAGGGCCUGAGCCAUCAUUUGCUUUUGUCACAAACGAGAAUGUUGUGACAAAGAGGUUUGUGUUUGACGCAUCUAAGAUUGCCGCCCUAAGGGAUAGGCCGUCCAUUGAUUUGCAGGUAGGACGCCCCACACGUGUCGAAGCAUUGUCAGCACUUAUCUGGCGAUGUAUCAUGAGGACACGUGGGGAAGAGGGGUCCAUGAGGGCUUCUCUGGCAGCACAUGCCAUGAACUUGCGGCGAAGAAUGUCGCCUCCAUUGCCAGACCAUUCCUUUGGGAAUAUUAUAUUCUUUGCGACUUCAGUGGCCACAGAGAGAGAGUGCCAUGAAGAUAUGCAGUGUUACCUUGAACGAAAGGUAAGGGAUGCAAUAAGAGCAGUAGACAGUAAUUACAUAAAAGAAUUACAAAAACCGGAUGGGAUUUCAAGGGCUCUUGCAGCUUUAAGCUCUGAAGUUGGAAAAUAUGUUGACUGUGGUAUAGAUUUCUGUUAUUUUAGCAGCUGGUGUAGAUUUCCUUUCUACGAAGUGGAUUUUGGGUGGGGGGAGCCCAUUUGGGUAAGUUCUGCCACUUUACCUGUUAAGAAUUUAAUUCUCCUGAACUGUACAAGAUGGGGUGAUGGAAUAGAAGCUUGGGUGAACAUGGAGGAUGUUUACAUGGCCAAAUUUGAACAAGACCAAGAGCUCCUUUCUUUUGUUUCCUUUCCAUCGAAAACUGGUUGACUCAGUUGGGAGCUCAAUUGAGUUGACUCAGCUUGGGUGGCCAUUUGACGUCUGUUCAUAACAGUGGAUAAUUGCAUUUGUCUCACCAUAUCAGACACAUUGUAGCAUGGAAAUGAUGCAUGAUAAAAAUAUAUAAUCUAAAAUUCGAUUUUCCUUAGUUUAGGUAUAGAGAUUUUCUCUAAUAAGGGUACGUGUGUAUCCGAUGUGAGUUGCAUCGAUAAACUAAAAACUAUGUUUGGAGUCCUUUAUGAUGUAUUAUUAUUUUACAUUGGCUACUAUAGGUAACUUGGCUGUAACUUAGGUGUUUUUACUUCCUUUCUAUCGUAGUGCAUUUUUAACAAAACAUUCUGCCCUAUCCAUC